AUGCUUCAGGUCAAAUAUCCAUCUCUACUAAAUGCAAAUAAUUUCAUUAGUCUACCACAGUACGAGUCAAGGUUCUACGAAGUUGAGCGCAGUACUCCUGUUACCCCAGAUAAUCUGAUUCUGCUCGUACAAAACUUGCUGGGAGAGGAAUCGAAGGAGAGACCCUCGGAACUGUUUGCCCGAGAGUCGUACAACAGUCCUCUUGAAACAUACCUCACCAUUGCAUCGUACUGCAAGCUGAUCAUAUUGUCGCCCAAUCUCUCCAAUUUUGAUCUAUCUUUGCAAGAUGUGUUCCAGAUAUGGGAAUUGCGAAUCAAUCUGUUAUUGAUGGCUGCGAAUUUGCGCGUGCCGGACUCGAGCUCUCUGGUCCCGCCCAUUCCAAAUGCACAGUUCCUGAGAAAUGAAACAAACCUGUUUCUGAAAGAAUUGAUCAAGCUUGAUGAUAAAGAGACUCUACCCAAGGAACUCAGCUGGCAUUUCAAGCUGCUCAUCAGUAGAAUCAAAUAUGGCCCGAGCUUAAUAUUGGUCAACCAGCUAUACAAUGAUCUUGUGCAAUUACGCGCGACUACGCCGAAAAGUACAAAGGAACUGGCAAACAAAUCGUCAACCAUCCUCUAUAAUGUGUGUGCCAUCAUGAUCGCCAGAAAUGAGCUGCUAACCGUGUUUAACUUGCUGAACCAAACACUCGAAAGUGACCCAGAAAAUUCGCAAUUAGCAGGCCUUACAGCUCUAGCGGGCUGUCUAUACACAUACAAAGAUACAGGUUCUGUGUCAGAUAAUGCACCAUUCUUCAAGGAAAUAGCUGCAGCUUUUGGGCGAACGGAUAACCAGACCCUCGGUUUGCUUGUCACGAUCCUGAACUCCGUGGAACCGGUUUACAAUGAAGACAACUCUACUACAAUGGCGUUGGAGAAAGAGCACAAGUUCACGUUGCAAGAGAUCAUUAGACUAGUGGAGAGCGGGAAAAUUAGUGGACGCAUUCUGUGCAGUUUGUGUGGGCUUUUUGAAGUACAACGGCUGACUACAAAUGGCGAGUCGGAGCUGGACAAAUGCCUCGACCUUGUCCAUCAACGAUGGACAUUGCACAUCCAGAAUAUAUACGCUUUUGAAUAG